AUGGCAUGUUGCGGUUCAGGACAAAGCAGCAUUCUUCACAUUUAUGACGAGCUCAAGCAACAUUUUAACAUUCGAGUAACGACGUUAAAUUGUUUCCUUGGUCUACAAGUUGAACGUUUGAAAGACGGCUCACUCUUCCUGCACCAAGAAGCAUUUACAAGAAAGAUAUUAGAGCGAUAUGGAGAUGCUAAGACAUCACACAUCCCAGUAAAGAAGUCGAGUCUCAAGGUCGACUAUGGUCAACCGAAUGACGACGGCAUGAUCAAGAUCAAGGAGGCGAAGCCUCUCAGCAGUGAAAUUCCAUACCGAUCAGUAGUUGGCAGUUUGCUGUACUUGGCGAUGGGGACCCGACCGGAUAUUGCUUACGCAGUGAGUUUGAUGUCUCGAAAGCUGAACAAUCCUACAGAGAUUGAUUGGGAAAUCGUACAGACAACAUUAAGGUACCUUCGCAAUACCAUAGGACACGGCAUUGUGUACAAUAAUGAAGAUGAUAGAAGUUUGAUGUUGUUUAGUGAUGCAGAUAACAACAGCUGUGCAGAAACACGCAGGUCUCGAACAGGUGUUAUUUCUUUCUAUGGUGGAG